AUGGGACCUGGUGCAAAGUUGUUGCCAAUGAGCAAAAUGGACGGGGAUGCCAUUAGAAUGCUUGGCUCAACAAAGGUGUGGAUAGACCACAACACCCUUUAUAGGAGCAAAGAUGGCCUCAUCGAUGUAACCCUUGGCUCAACCAACAUUACCAUCUCCAACAAUUGGUUUCGCGACCACAAUAAGGUCAUGCUACUAGGCCAUGAUGAUGAUUUCAAGGAUGACAAGAACAUGAAGGUCACGGUUGUCUACAACCGAUUUGGCCCCAACUGCCACCAGCGUAUGCCAAGAGUUCGUCAUGGUUAUGCUCAUGUAGCUAAUAUAUAUCUAGGAUGGGAAGUUUACGCUAUAGGAGGAAGCAUGAGCCCUAGCAUAAAGAGCGAAUCUAAUCUCUUUGUCGCGCCUAACUCUGGAUCGAAACAGCUAAAUUCUUUUGCUCCAUUAGAUUGGUUUAUAUUAGACAUACAAAAAUCAAGUUUGUUGUCAACUUUAAACAUAUUACCUAAGCGGAAGAGUUUAUAGUUUUUUUUUUCUUUUA